AUGGCCGGCGCGGCGAGCAACAGCUCGGACGCCGGAUUCGGGCGCGGGGAGGCGGCCGGCGCCACCGACGCGGGCGGCGACGGCAUGGACAUAGAGGAUUGCGAGGAGAAGGCGCGAGAUCCCAUCGGUCACAAGCCCUCCCCGGUGCUUCCCGAGCUCCCAGCCCAGCUCAAGAACCUGAAAAGGGUUGGCCGCAACUAUGUGGGCUCCACGGGGGACUCAAGCGUCGUCUUCAGAGACUUUGUGGGGAGCCGCGCCAGGCGCGCCGCCAAUGUGUUCGGCGGAGACGAGGCGGAGGCGGCGUGGGUUUGCCUCCUCAAGAAUCCCGAGGUCGUGCGAGCGGUGUACCUCGAGCUGUGCGAGGACUACGACUCCGAACGCCUGACCGAGCUCAAAAGAUUCGUCGACACGAACACAAGCACUCCGUUCUUUGAGCUGCGCGAGCGCGCCGCCUACCUCCGCGUCUUGGUACAGCACGGCAGCAGCGUGAGCGAGGAGCACCUGCAUCGCUGGGACGCGGCGCCGUACCCCACCCGCGAGAGCCUGGAGAUUGACGCGCUCGACAUGCUGGUGCAGGCGCUCCCUCGCUGCGUGGGAGCGCCCAGGUCGGUGCUCGAGCUGGCGGGGCUGGCGGAGCCGCAUGAGUGCAACAUCUGCCUCCUGCGGGCCGUGAAGCCCGCCUCGGACGAGCAGAUAGCCGCGGGAGAGCCCACCGUGCGCUUCCUCUUCCGAGGGCCGUGCCGCCACGGCGUGUGCGAGGACUGUGCGCGGCGCGAUGCGCAGCGGCAGCUGCCGGGCGUGGUGUACGACCUGACCGCGGCGGCCUCCCGGGGUGAGCUCAAGUGCGUGGUCUGCUCCGCGGCGGUGGAGUGGCCGGGCCGCCGGAGCGCGCCGUACAUCUACGAGGAGGCGGACGGGAGCAAGGGGAGAGGGCCCCUGCCGGGGGGCGCGUCGCUCCUCGACUGGAGGAGGUACCUCUUGCCCGAUGCACUGCUGCUGGACCUCAUCACCCCGGAGAAGGCGAGGUGCAACGAGUUUCCGCUGCACGUGGCGGCGCGCUCGGGCUGCUCCGCCACGGCCAUCAGCAAGCUCAUCGACGCCUUCCCUGCGGCCGCCUCCGAGCCCUCCUCGGCGCGCGCCCAGCGCGGCGACGGGCAGCUGCCCCUCCACAGCGCGGCCAAGAUAUCGACCUCGCACGAGGUCGUGGAGGCCCUCACCAGAUGUUAUCCGGACGGCCUCACGGCACAAGACUAUGCUGGCCGGACGCCCCUCCUUUGUGCCGCUGGCAACCCCUGCAUCGAGGUCAUAGAGUCGCUGAUCCUCGGACCCCCCGAAGGCACCCUCGGGCUCGGCUUGGGCGAGCCGGCGCUGCACAUCGCAGACUAUAACGGAGCGACACCGCUGUCCUUGGCGUCGGAAAACGGUUACGUUGCCGACGGCGCGGCAAACGUCAUGCAGCGGUACGAGAAGGCGUCUGCGCCGUGAAGCUCGUGUACAUAGACUCGAGUACGGUGUACCGCGCACAUAAGCAAAGUAAGGUGUCCAGUGAACCACACCGCACAGUCCACACUGGUGUGAAGAGAGAAAGAAGAGCGCGACUUUGUGCCGCGUGUAAAGUGACAGGCGUGAUUGAAAUGUGACAGGCGUGAUUGAAAUCGCUGUGUGUGUGACUUACAGCUGAAGAGAGUGGGGGGGGAGAGAG